AUGUUAUUACUUCUUGCCUUAAUCAUCUUUACUGUAUCGUGCUCCACAGUACUUCUGGCAAGCUCACACGAAACCACACCAUCAGACUUUACACAAGGACCUUGGAAGAGGGAAUUCGUCGGCCUGGUCUCACCAGCAACAGUGAGAGCGAUUGAACACGAUGAGAUAUUACGACGGAACUACGUGGCCAUCGUUGACGUUGCUGCCGGAGCAUCGGAGUGGUUAGCAGCACGGUUUCCCAACGAGCAGCUCCUCGAGGUUAUCGAUUCGCUCAAAAGACACAACGAGGCACUCUCUAAUUCUAACAGACGGGAGAAUUCCCGAACUUGGAACCAUCGACGAUCCCUGAUUCCUCGCCAGCUUUCCAGUUUCGGCGAUCUGAUCAGCGGUGCGGCUGCUGGCGACAAUGCUGCAGGUGAAGGUGCUGCAGCUGCUGCUACUGAUCCAAUUGGGCAAUUAGGGGGUCUGCUUUCGGGCGGUUUGUCAUCAAUUGGAGAUAUGCUGCUCCAAGACGUGGGAGGUGCUGGCAUGUUCUUGGGUAUCGGAAUCGGCGAGGGCGCCGCAACAGGGCUGAACAUGUCAACUGCAGAGAACGCAAAGGCGGUUGGAGCCAAAGUCGCUGCAGAAAGCGGUGUGCAAUCGUCGGGCCUAAAUCCAGCUAUCCAAAAUCUCGGCAGCGGCCUCACCGGAACACUCCUGGGUGCUGUCGACGUAAAGUCGUUACUUGGCGGCGCCGGUGGGCAAGUUGGUCCAGCAGUUUCGGGACUGGCAACUGGCAUCGGCAACGGGGCAGUAUCCGGUCUCAAGAUCAAUACUGUGGUUCCACCCAAUCCUAACGCUACGGCUCUCCCCGACAUCGUCACCCUCUUCGGUUUCGGCUUGACGAACACCGUGGCCAGCAACAUCAACGUCAACAAUCUGGCCAGUGGUCCUAUGACUCAGCAGUUGAUGCAACAACUCCCUCCUGCGGUCCUGAGCUUGGCUCAAGGGAUUGGAAAUGGCGCUGUCGCUGGACUGAAGUUAAAUAGCGUGGCUCCUCCGCAGGGUACCAGCGUUCCGGAUCUUGCUGGUUCUUUCGGUUUCGGACUCACUCAGUCGAUUACCUCGAACGUCGAUUUCAGCAACUUGACCCAAGGAACUAACACCAAGGAUCUUGUCAUGCAAUAUCUGCCCUCCGCUGCCUCUGGCUUCGGCAAAGGUCUUGGCCAGGGAAUUCCAGUUGGACUCGGCAUACAGCCUGACCCAGGCCUGCUGCCGAUGCAGGCUAUGCCCAACGGUACCCUCGAUGUUGGAGGAAUUUCCCAAAACUUUGCUCUUGGUCUCACGUCGCGCCUGCUUGCUAACGGCACUGUCAGUAAACUCAUGUCUCAAAUGAGUGAGCAAGGACAAGCCGACGGCAACGCGGUCAGUGGUGUCCUCGGAAACGUUGACGUGGCCAAAACAGCGGGGGGUUUUGCGCGUGGGAUUAUCCAAGGAGCUGCCGACGGCAUCACCGCAAUGGGCGGGAUGCAAGCACUCCUAGACAACAAGGCCGUCACCCCCACUGGAGCUAUCCCCGAGACGCCAGUGUUGUUCGAUGACUCCCUUAAUGGCAGUGCUGUCGGGUUCGGCCAGGGCUUUGGGACGCAAGGCGUCAUGGUCACUAAGACACUGCUCCAGCAGUUGAAUGUCAAUGUCGUAACACAGAAGCGAAGCGCCGACACCAUUGGCAACCUGGAUGUCAGACAAGCCUCCGUCAUUGGCAACGCAACUAUAUCCAACGGGACGACCACAUUUAAUCUCUCAUCCAUCCUUGAUGCCGAUAGCCUCUCAACUGUCAUGCAGAAGAGCAUUGAUGUGCUGACCUGCGAGGGUAUUGCUGGCCUGGCGCUUGUAGCUCUUGGUCUAACCAACAGUGGCACCAUCCCUCUCGACGAAGAGUCGCGAGGCGCCCUCAAGCAGUUUAAGGAUGUCAUACCCAAGGGGGUGUUGCGCUUCACCAAUAAUGGCAACAACUACGACAUUGAAAUGACGACCGUGGUCGAUAAUCUCAACGGCAGUUUGGUCAAUGCAGCAGGUGGUAUCAAGGUGAACGGAAAUACGGUGGCAAUCUUCGCAGCAUUUCUUGUUAUCCACAUUCUCUUCGGCAUCCUAGUCAUGAUCAAUGUCCUGCCUGCGGCGGUGGGUCUGGAGAGCCUUCGCAACAUGCUCAUUCGCAUGCACAAGCCUGAUGUGAUGACCUGGAUCCCUAAGUGGGUCAACAUUAUGUGGUUCUUCAUCAUGGCACCCUUUCUGAUCAUCAUCCUGGUCUUUGGUGUGGUGGCAAUGGGCAAUGCGGCUCAUAUCCGUACGGCUCAUGGCGUCCUUGGUCUUCUCACAGUCAUCGACGGGUUUGCUGCAAUUGCCCUUCACUUCAUCGUCAAAGUCAAGACAGCCCCUCCCCAAGCAAGUGACAUGCAGCCGGUGCCAACCAAAGCAACGCUCAUGCAGAAAGUGAGGACGUUCAACAACCAGGUAUUUCUCAUCCUGUCGGUUGCUACUGUCCUUACGGGGUUCGCCGACAUCAGCAAGAUCUCCAUAUGUGUAACAAGGGUAGUACCUUUCGAGGGCGCUCUCGCCAUCGGCUUCAGUCUGGCCCAAAUGUUCGUCCUAGGCCAGACCAUCUCGGCUCUGGAUAUUUUCCUGGAGUUUCGCGCGGCCAGACAGCGCAAGAAGGCGCCCAACGGUGCGGCGGCCCGUGAAGCUGCUAGAGGAGGCGGCAAAAGGGAGAAGUUGGAGAUCAAGCACCUCGGCGCUGACGCGUAA